AUGAUCGUGGCGGAUGCAUUGUCACGUUGCCAUCCUAAUCCGUACAUGCCAACUCUGGAAGCCAGCCCAGAUGAGCAUGACCCAUACUUCGAUUCCGUUGAUGAGCCUACAUGUGACAUAAAAUUACCCACAGGAGAAUGUCUACGUGACUUGAUACAAGACAGAUAUUCUGGAAUGAAUGAUUUUGCAAUCAACAACAUAGUGAUACCUUUCCGACCUCCGGAUCUUCAUCUUGCGUUGGAAUAUGACGCUGAUAAAGAAAGUAACUCGGAUAUUUGUAGUCUCACUCAUUCCAAGCAAUCGGAUAGACUCCGAGGAACUCGUAAGUUUCUGCGUGCAAAAUCAAGAAUGCGUCCAUUGUCGGUUCCUAAUCAGCUAGUGUCCGACGUCCCUUGUGACGAUUUUUCAUCAGUGGAGAGGGAAGACUCCAGAGGGAGUCCAUACUAUGGACAGAGAUGGAUAUCAUACCAAGACUUCCUUAACCAGCCAUCAGUAGAUCUGACAAAACUUCGGUCGAACUGGAGAGCAGACGCCCGUAUCAUUCAAAACGCCAGCAACAAGAAACGCUAUUUAACGAUUGGCAUACCGACAGUGAAGCGAGAGAAGGAUGAGUAUAUUUUGAGUACCGUCCAGUCCAUCGUGAACUGCACGCGGAAGGAGGAACUACAGGAGAUCUACAUCGUUGUCUUCCUUGCCGAUUUUGACGAGGACUGGAAGGCCAACAUCAGUAAACAUCUGCGACAGCAGUUUGGCGAUAUCAUUUCCAUGGGAACGCUGCACGUGAUCCAAGCAUGGGAUUCAUUUUAUCCGCCAUUGGAUAAUUUAAAACAUACAUUUGUCGACCCAGAGACGAAAAAGAAAUGGCGGGCUAAACAAAAUGUCGACUACGCGUUUUUGUUUAUGUAUAGUCAGGUUCUUGCCACGUACUAUAUACAAAUGGAGGAUGAUAUAUAUACCGUACCGGGUUAUUUUAAAGUUAUAAAAGACUACGUCAAGAAGUUCAAGGAGCGCUGGGUGUGUUUAGAAUUCUCCGAAUUAGGAUUCAUUGGAAAAUUAUACCACUCCGAGGACAUCGACAAACUGGCCAAAAUGGUCUUGUUGUUUUACGCACAGCAACCGUGUGACGUCACGUAUUUGAAUUUCAAUGUUCAGAUGUUGCAGUUUAAGCGACACAUUCGUCGGCCGACGAUAUUUGAACAUGUCGGCUAUCAUUCGUCACUUCCGGGGAAAAUACAACCCCUUAAGGAUCGUUUCUUUGAGGAACAUCAAAAAUCGAUAAAGGGUGACAACCCACCCGCGAAAUUGUACACCAGUUUGCCAUUUGAGGGAUAUUUCAACCCUGACAAAGCCUACCGUAGAGAGGAAGGGAUUUUCUGGAGUUCUAAAAAUGGCCGAGCAAACGAUUGGUUCUCCGUGGUAUUCGAUGAACCUCAGUUGUUAAGCAAAAUAGUUAUCCAUACCGGAAUAAAAUCUCACCCUGGUGAUAAAAUACAUUUUGCAAAACUGGAGGCAAGUCUUGCGUCGACGCCCAGGGGCCCCGGCAAACCCGAGUGUAGCCGGAAUAAACUGCUAGGGUAUUUUGAAGAUGGCAACAUAGAACUGAAUGAAGUUCGGUCUAUCACAGGAGAAGAAAAAAUUCACUGUUUGAAUAUCAUCAUCACCAACAAACAGGAAACUUGGGUGAUAGUUAGGGAGAUAGCGGUGUUUACUGUACACCACGAAAUCAAGCAGACAACAAAAAAUCUGGGUGAUAGUUAGGGAGAUAGCGGUGUUUACUGCACAACACGAAAUCAAAAAGAC